UCAGAAUGAAAAUGGAAGUGAUGUGUUUGAUGCACGGGAGGGCAGAGACAACGCAGGAUAACACGGGAGGGCAGAGACAACGCAGGAUAACCAAGCGGCGCAAAGCGAGGGAAGGAAGGCCUGUAAAAAAACGAGUUUCUCUUCCUGUCCACUCCCGGCUCCCUCGGGCGGCAUCCUCCGCAGCCUCGGCGUUGACAGCAGGACCAGCACUUAACGUCCAUCAAGAGGCGGGGUGGGUGAGGGGGAAGAGGGAAGCAGCGAGUGCCAGGUACCGCCGCCAGGUAAAAGCUCCCGCCAAAAUAUUGCAUCAGAGCACGAGCGGCAGCCUGCCACCUGAUGCCGCCUUUACUGCUCCCUCGGGCAGUGAUUCUUUUUCCUGCCCCGCGUUCCGUGUUCCUCUCUCCGAUUAACGCUGAGGAUGUGGUGCUUCGGGGUAGGCCAGCGAUGAGCAGCUGCGGCGCCGCGACCACCUCUGCCACCACCUCUAUGCCUGCCUCUGCCUGCACCCCUCUCGCCGCCGCCGCCACCGACGCCGCCGCUACCACCGCCACGGGAAGUCCGAAAAAGGCGGAGAAAAAUGUGUUUACGUCGGAAAAUAUUAGAGAGAGAGAGAGAGAGAGAGAGAGAGAGAGAGAGAGAGAGAGACUAGAUUUUAGUAAAAUAAUAUUUUAACGUAGAGAAAGUAUGGUCUACGUGCAACACAUAUUGUAUGGGGUACGUAAUAAACAUCACACACACACACACACACACACACACACACACACACACACACACACACACACCGCCCAAUCAGAGCCAGCACAAACAGAACUGUGCUUCACGCCAAAUAUCCUUACGCCGCCCCAACCCUUCCCCCUAAACUGACACAAUUACCCACACUCUUCCUAGCCUCUCCGCUCCUCCCCGGCUAUCACCACUAUUACUGCCGCCACCACUACCGCUGCCGGCUCCUG